GCCCGCGGUGGGCGGGCGGGCGGUGGGUGUCUGAGGGAGCCCGGCCUCUGGCUCCCUGUGGCCGCUCAGCCCGCUCCUCAAGAUGCGGACAUGAACAUGUUUUCUUCCAGGACGUCCGCCGCGACUGGAGGCCGCCAGCCUCACUCAACAGGGAAUUUUCUGAGGGUCACGAAGGAGAGAGUCUGUACCUAAUUCUGAAUACCAAGGGAGUUGUGGCUGCGUGUGUCACCUUGAGUCAUGGAUUCAGAGGUUCUCAUUAGGGAGUCUUGUGAAACCAAAAUGAGGCACAAUCAGAUGUGCUGUGAGACACCACCUACUGUCACUGUUCAUGUAAGAUCAGGGUCAAAUAGAUCACAUCAGCCUAAAAUUAAUCUCAAACGUACUAUUUUUAAAGAUAGUUUGCAAGCAUCUGACAAAAGUGCACAUAAUAGCAACAAAUCUAAACGCCCCAAAGGGCCUUGUCUAGUUAUACAGCGUCAGGAAAUGACUGCUUUCUUCAAAUUAUUUGAUGACGAUUUAAUUCAAGAUUUCUUGUGGAUGGACUGCUGCUGUAAAAUUGCAGACAAGUAUCUUUUGGCUAUGACCUUUGUUUAUUUCAAGAGAGCUAAAUUUACUAUAAAUGAGCAUACCAGGAUAAAUUUCUUUGUUGCUUUGUAUCUGGCUAAUACAGUUGAAGAAGAUGAAGAAGAAUCUAAAUAUGAAAUUUUUCCAUGGGCUUUAGGGAAAAACUGGAGAAAAUUAUUCCCUGAUUUCUUAAAGUUAAGGGACCAGCUCUGGGAUAGAAUUGACUAUAGGGCUAUUGUAAGCAGGCGAUGCUGUGAGGAGGUCAUGGCCAUUGCACCAACACAUUAUAUCUGGCAACGAGAACGCUCUGUACACCACAGUGGAGCUGUCAGAAACUACAACAGAGAGCAAGUUCAGCUGCCCCGAGGACCUAGUGCCACACCAGUAGAUUGCUCAGUCUGUGGUAAAAAAGGAAGAUGCGUUAGGCUGGGAUUGUCUUCGUCAUCUUCAUGCAGUGAUGUAGGAGAGCUGACGGAAAAACACUCUGGAGAAUCACACAAUCCAUUGUCAAUGGACAUAAUAAGUGAACCUUCUUAUUGUUACAGUUAUUCUCAAGUAGCCAAUGACCAUCAAGCAAGCAGAGAAAAGAAAACUAAUUUCAUGAAGAAAGACAAAUCGUUGGAGUGGUUUACAGGAAGUGAAGAAUAG